UUGAUUUGCUAAUAUUUGCUUAGGAUUUUUAUGUCUAUGUUUAUGAAAUGUUUUUCAGACACCUAUGGUGUCUGAAAAGUCCUCAGUAAAAGUUCAUUGAAUUCAGACUUGUUUAAAUGAUAUUCUAACUGCAACAUAGCUGAUGUUGUGGUCCAGACACCCCCUCAGGGCCUAGACAGUCAUUCCCUCAGCUUCUGGAGUUGGUUGCUGACGAUUCACAACUGAGUCCUUCUCUGGGGGCCACCCUCCACCAAGGGAAGCAGUCUUGCCAAAAAAAAAAAAAAAAAAAUCACAGCUCCUCCCCAGGUAUAGCCUGUAUCCCUGACUGGUCAAUGCAAGGAUACGAGUUUCUGGCCCCCUUGCUUUAAUGUGGAACUACUCUGAAAGGUCAUCGUAGGCGCCAAGCAUGCCUUGGGAUUGGUCAAGGCCUCUGCUGCAACUGUUUUGCAGGCCAACUUCUUCCUCUGCCUCCAAAUUCCUGCUUCCUUCACUUUCUCACAGGUGCUGAUCUUUAAGUUCUCCCUACCUCCACCAAUAACCUUGUAGGCAAGCUAAUCUCCCUCUUGCGUCUCCCAGGGGUUCAACCCAGGACACACCACGUUACCCUGUUUUAUUUUUCUUUUCAUAGCACUUAACACCUUAUACGCGAAAUAAUCUUAUUUACUUAAUAAUUAAAAUACUUAUCGUCUGCUGUAAGAAUGUAAGCUUACCAGGACAGAUCUUUCUCAUACGCUAUGCACCGCUGUAUCAAGCGCCUAGGGCAGGGCCUGCAGAACACAGCAGGCACUAAAUACUGGUUGUUGAAUGAACCGAUGAGGCCGGCCCUGCGCUUUUGGUCGUGGGAUCACACAUCCCACCUCCAGCUUUUAACACGCACCUGGGAGCUGCGGCUCGGGGUGUGCCCCUGAGUCCCCGCCCCUCAGGCCACGCCCCCGGGCCCAGGGAGAAGGCGGGGCCCCGCGGACGCAGCGGUGGGCACGAUGCGGCAACCCACUGUUCGGCUGGUGCGCCUGGGUCGGGUGCCGUACGCCGAACUACUGGGGCUGCAGGACCAGUGGCUGCGGCGGCUGCAGGCCGAGCCAGGCACUGAGGCCCCGUCGGGGACUGAGGCGGGCGCGCUCCUGCUCUGCGAGCCCGCGGGACCCGUGUACACGGCCGGGCUGCGCGGCGGCCUGACGCCCGAGGAAACUGCGCGGCUACGGGCCUUGGGUGCCGAGGUGCGCGUCACAGGCCGCGGUGGCCUGGCCACCUUUCACGGCCCGGGCCAGCUGCUUUGCCACCCAGUGCUCGACCUACGGCGUCUCGGCCUGCGUUUGCGCAUGCACGUAGCGUCGCUGGAGGCGUGCGCCGUGCGCCUGUGCGAGCUCCAGGGCCUGCAGGACGCCCGCGCGCGGCCCCCGCCGUACACGGGCGUCUGGCUGGAAGAUCGCAAGAUCUGCGCGAUCGGAGUCCGCUGUGGAAGGCACAUCACAUCCCACGGCCUGGCUCUCAACUGCUCUACCGACCUCACGUGGUUUGAGCACAUCGUGCCCUGUGGACUGGUUGGGACAGGCGUCACUUCCUUGAGUAAGGAGCUCCAGAGGCACGUCACCGUGGAUGAAGUAAUGCCACCUUUCCUUGUGGCCUUUAAGGAGAUCUACAAGUGCACACUGAUCUCAGAGGACAGCCCCAACUGAAGAGUACUCAUGUUAUAACAGCCAGGAUGCUCCUGCUUUGGGAAGCACGAAGUCUGACUCGAGUCACCUACUGAAACGCAGAUUUUAGACCUGGCCUGUCAUUCACUGAUCAUGAAACUAAGAACAUACCAUGAGCUCUGAGCCACUGUUUUCAUAUGUAUCCUAUUUUAUUUAUAUAUUCCCCACCUACCUCAGAGAUACUAGAUGUGACAACACUGUGAAAAGCAACACACGCUAUAUAAAACAUUAGCACUGCUAUUGACAGCAGUGUCUCAGCUUAGAGAAAUUCAGAUGUCAUAGAUUGUCAUUUCUCGAUGUUGAUGCCACAGAUUGUCAUUUCUCGAUUGUUGAUUCCUCAGUACUGUGUCUAACUGAGCAAUUCUGGGCUCUAGUUCCUUUGAUUUUGUGGGAAUCAAAUCUCUGAAUGGCCCAGGUGAAAGUGAUGUGAUGUAGUGCUUUUUCAUUCUCAAGAGACCUGGGUUCUUUCUGCAAUAAAGGGAAAAGGGAAGAACCUUCGAAGAAUAAAAUGGGAUCUUACCUUCCUGGGUUUGAUUCCACAAGUUUGAUAAUUUAGCAGUUUUUAGUUGGGUUACCCUGAGCUAGGCCAAAGACUGGAUGAAGGAUAAGAAUAAUUUCUCACACUGUACAAAUGCCAAAGAUAGAAGUGAGUUUUUCUUAUAUGAGACCUCUAAGUUUGUAAGGCUGCGUAUUAUCUGUUGCUGUGUAACAAAUCAUCAAAACUUAGUGACUUGACAGUAAAUAUUAAUUAUCCUGUUUGUGGGUCAGGAAUUUGGGGGAAGCUUAGCUGGGUGUUUCUAGGUUGGGGUCUCCCACGAACUUGCAGUUAAGAUGUCAGCUGGAACUGCACUUAUUCAAAGGCUUGGCUGGGCUGGAGGAUCAGCGCCCCAUAUGGUGCACUCACUUGCCUGGUUGGUUAUGGUUGCUGACAAGAGGCCUCAGUUCCUCACCAUGUGGACCUCUCUAUAGGGCUGUUUAAUUGUUCUCAUGACAGGGCAACUGGCUUCCCCUAGAGCAAGUCAUGCCAAAGAGAGACACGCUGGAAGCCACAAUGUCUUUUAUGACCCAGCCUCAGAAGUCACAUAGGCAUUUCUGUAGUCUUCUAACAGAUGAGCCCUGUUCAGUGUGGAAGGGACUUUACUAGGGCGACAAAAGGUGAGGAUUAUUAGGGACCAUCUUGAAGAAUGGCCACCACAGCCUAUUAAGAAUGGAAAGAGCCUCGAAUGAGAAGUCAGGGGACCCUGGUUCCAGUUCUGGCUCUGUGGAAAAGUCAUUUACUCUCUGGUCUUCAGUUUCUCUUUAAACCAGUGCUGUUCAGUAGAAAUACAAUGCAAGCCACAUUGUAAUUUGACAUUUUCUAGGAUCCAUGUUAAAAAGGUAAAAGAAAUGGAUGAUGUUAUUUUUAUUUUAUUAUUUUUUUUAAGAAAUGAAGCCUCACUAUGUUGCCCAAGCUGGUCUCAAACUCCUGGGCUCAAGGGAUCCUUCUGCCUCAGCCUCACAAAGUGCUGGGAUUACAGGUGUGAGCCACCAUGCCUGGUCUAUGAUGUUAAUUUUAAUAUUUUAAUUAACCCAAUAUACAAAAAUAUCAAUAUAAAGCAA